AAAAUAUAAACAAUAAUAAAGAUUACUGUUAUUUGUUCCACAUGGAAAGAAAUUAAUAUGGACAUAUCAAAUGAAAUGGAUAAAUCAUGGGAUCAUCCAUGGACUACAGAAGAAAUGCGAAAAAAAAGAAGAGAAUGGAGUCUAGCAGGUGAUGCAGGACUUCUUAAACAUCUUCAACAAUUUUCUGAUAAUGUAAUAUCAAGAGCAAAUAAAACACAAGAAAUUUUGGAUUCAUUAACAACUCAACUAAAUGAAACAGCAAUAUUUAUUGAUAAUGUUACCAAUACAUCUUUAGCUUUAGCUAAUACUCAAUUUAUUGAGAGUCGUGUACAAGAAGAUAAUAUAGAGAUUGGAGAACAAGUAGAAACAUCAAUUGAGCAAUAUAAAGAUCAAGAUUCUGUAGAUGCAGAUCUUAUAGCUAAUGUGAGUGAAACUGUAAAACAAGGCCUAAAUAUAAUGUAUGAAAAAUAUAAGGAAAUGGAAUUUGUUGACAGUGAUAGUGAUAGUGAAGAAGAAGACAAUAAAGUAGUAUUAAGUGUUGUAUUGGGGCCAAAUGAUCCAUAUCAAGAUCGAGCUUUGCCUUAUGUUAUUGGUUCUGAAAAAUGGAAAAAUUCAAAUAAAAUUGGUUUAGAAAGUAGUAGUAGUAGUGAAUCUGAACAAAUAGAUGAAGAAGAAGAAGAAUCAGAAAAUGAAGAUGAUGCCACAACAACAUUUAAAGAUUUUAGUAUGAAUACUAUACCAAAAACUAACAUAGUUGGAUUAUUACCUUCUUUGAAUGGAUCAGAUUAUAGUAAAAGAAAUGAUAUAGCAUAUAUAAGCAAUGAAAAAAUAGAUGCAGUUAGUCAAAAUAAUAUAGAUUCUGUUCCUGAAUCAAUUACUCCUAAUGAUAAUGUUUCAAAGACAUCAUUACCAAACAAUAUAACACCAAAUUUUGCAGAAGAAUUAGCUAAACGAUUAGGUACAGUUCGACAGGCUCAAAAACCAGGUAUUGUAAAUGAAAAAAAUGAGGCAUCAAUAAAUCGAUUUAAAGAUGAUUUAUUUACACCAGAGGAAGAUGAGAACAUUUUAAAUGAUAAAUCUAGAAUUAUAUUUAGUGGAAACAAAGGAUAUUUAAAUGAUCAAUCUAUUGAAAAUUUAUCAAAAGAAAGAUAUAUUAAAUCAUGCAAAAAUAUUAUACCUGCUAGCAUUGAUGUACCACCUCCUAUUAGUACUAUUUCGACAAAACCUAAAUCUGCAAUAGAUGAUCUUUUUGCUGAUACUGAACCCGAUGAUAUUUUCUCGCCGAAAAAUAUAACAAAAAUAAUUACAAAAAAUAAAUAUUCUAAUAAUAAUAAUAAUCAAUUAAAUACAGAAAAUAUGCAAAAAAAAUGUUUAGAGACUGUUGCACCAAGAGUAAUUAGUAACGUGGCUACAAGUACACCUGAAACUGCCGUAAAUACUAAUAAUUUAUUUAGCGAUGAUGAAGAUAUUGUUGAUCUUUUUGGACCAUCUAAAAACCAAGAGCCAAAUAAAAAAAAAUCAAUAGAAGGAAUAUCAAUAUCUGGAAGUAGUUUAACUUCAAAUGUUGAGAAUAAGUUAUCAAAUAGAAUAUUGCGAAAUCACUCAUCCGGAUCUUCUGGAAGUAAUACAUCAGCAAAUUAUGAAAAUAAUAUUAACAACGAAUCAGUACAUAAUCAUUCACGGAAUAUUGUUUCGAACGAUAAUAUUAAUGAAUUUAUUGUGAAUAACAUAGAAAAUUCAGCCAUGUUUAAUGAAAGUAACUAUAGUAGCGGAAUAUCGAUUUAUCCACCAAGUAUUAAUAAUACAGGUGGUUCAAGCAUUGAUAUCGAGCCUCGGAUGUCAUCAACGCGUUUAAAGUCAGAAGAAAUUUAUCGGGAACGAAUUACUAGUGAUAGUCUCUUUACUGCACGUACACAUAAUCCUGUAACUUCGAUCUCAAACACGACGAAUAAUCCACCUCAGGUGGAGUCUAUCGAGGAUAUAUCAUCUAUACGACAGGACGAUGUGUUCGAAAAUGAGGAUUUGUUUGGUCCACCUCCGCUACCAAAAGCAGAUUCAAAACUGCCGAAAUCGAAAAUACCUUCAUUAUUUGACGAUUCCGAUUCUGGUGAUGAAUUAUUUUCGACAACCAGUUCGGGUUCAAGGUCACAAAGAAGCAGUGACUUAUUAACUACAUCUCAGUAUUCCGACAAGAUCAAGUCCACGCAACGAAGAGGUCUUUUUGACGAAGAAAUCAACAUAUUCGAUAAUAAGGAUUCGCCAGAUGUUGAUAUAUUUGGUAUAAUAGCAAAACCGAUAACCAAAGAGGAAAAUAAUGCUUCUAAUAAAAAGUUUUUGGACAUUCCCAAUGAUGAUUUGUUCACAAAUAGUAUUCGAAAUACAAUAACGAAAAGUAACGGGUUGGAAAAAAGUCAGAAUGUUGCUAAAUCGAAGGAAAUCAGCUUGUUUGAUAAUGAUAUCGAAGAUAACGAUUUAUUCUCAAUUAAAAGUGUGAAAUCUAUUAAAAGUGAAAUUAUAAAUAAAUCUGAUAUUUUUAAUGACGAUUAUGAAAAUGAUUUGUUUUCUAUAAAAAAACCGAUUGAUAAAAAGAAAGAGAAUGAUAAAGAACCACCAGAAAUGGCUGCGUCCGGAAUAGAUAUCGUGGAUCAGAAAGUUGAAAAAAGUGAAAAUAAGAGUAGUAAUAUUCUUUCGAGCAAUGGAUUGUUUUCUACUACUAUUGGAUCACAUGGGUUGAUUUUUGAGGAUGAUGACUAUGAUGAUUUGUUCAGUACUAAAAAUGUAAUAACAGAAAAAACAAAAGAGGAUGAACAUAAAACUUUGGAAAUAACAAAAAAUAUUAAAGAAGAUUCUGCUAAGGAUAUUAAAGUAUCAAAUAAUUCUGAUACCUUUGUAAAAUCUGAAGAAUCAAAUGUUUCUGUUACCAUGCCCAAGGAUAUAAAAAAAGAUCUACAUCCAAUUAGUAAUUCUCAGGAAAGCGAAUCUAUACAAAAUAUUGAAAAUGAAUUAAAAAUGAAUCCUCCAAAAUCUUUAGAUAUACAUACAACUGCCACAUCAUCAUCGCCUGAUAAAAAUAAUCAAACAAAACGAAUGGUUUCUGGUAAAAUAAAAAACUUAAUGGGAAAAAUGGGGGAUUUGAAAAUAAUUUCACCCAUGGAUACACCACCAGUAUGGCGAAAAAGCAAAGAAAAAACGGAUGAAGAAGAUAAUGCAGGAGAUAGAGAUAGUGAUGAUGGCGGAUGUAUUAGUACACAAGGUCAUAAUUCGCCAUUAAGUGUAUCAGAGGAUAGUAUUACUACUCAGAAGCAAUCUCAGCAAUCAACAAUUUCAGAUGAAAGUAAUGUAGAAAAUGCGAUCAGUUUUGAUGAGCCAGUACAAGUAGAAACAUUAUCUACUACUGCUUCGAAGACACGAGUUAGAAUACAAGCGAAACGCCGACCACAAAGUAGACAUGCACGAAAAUCCGCCAUCAGGCAAAGCGGAAUCGAUUUUGAUACUAUAGAUGCUCUUGAAAGCAAUUCACAAGAUGAGAGCCAGAUUAAUCAAUCGCCAAGUACCUUCAAUAAAGAGAUUUCUACAGUUACAAAUAUUAGUGUCGCACAUCCUACUACUACCAUUUUUGAUCAUUCAAAUAAUGAUAAUUUUUAUCGAACCCCUGAAAGUAACAUUUUCUUAUCUGCGGAUGAUAAGUCUGAACUUGGUAGCAUAAGUAAGGAAAGCUCAAUGAGUGCUAACAAAAAUACUUUAUUAUCUCCAUCUACAGAUGAAGAAGACUUAUUUGAUGUGCCACCAGAUUUACCAGAAGACCCACAGAAAGAAGAUAUGCUAUUUGGUAGAGCACCUAUUCUCUCUCCGGUUGAAAAAGUUGUUUCUAAAAAGCCACCUGUUAUCUUCAAAGUAUUGAAAGAUACACAUAUUAAACAAAUCGAUGAUGUAGAGACAGAAACAAGAAAAACUGUAGAAGAGAUGGAACAAAGUAGUACAUUAUUUACAUCUGGUACCACUUCUAAUAUAAAUUCCAUAAUUUCACACUUAAAUAAAAAGGAAUCCAAAUCAGAGAAUGCUAAAGUUGAAGAUGAAUCAAAAGAAAUGAUUGAUCCAUUGCGAGAUGAUAGUCACGAUCCGCUGAAAGAUCCCAGUCAGUUAUUUGCUUUCGUCACAAAAACACCAUCUCCCGAAAAGGGAAAAAAUUUAUUAUUUUCUGAAGAUGAUAGUUUGUUCUCUAGUGGCACAAAAAAAUUAAUUGAAGAACAAACUGCAAAAAAACCAAUCUUGGGUUUAUUUACCGAUGAUACAGAAAAUGAUCUGUUUUCGAUAACUUUAACUAAAUCUGUAAAAAAGACUUUAAAGGAUACGAAAAUUAAUUUGUUCGAUGAAGAAGAUGAAGAUAAUACCUUAUUUGGUUCUGUUAUAAAGAAAUCGAUAGAUACUGAAUCUGAAAGAAAACAUUCUGUGGAACAGUCUGAAAAGAAAAUAAAUAUAUUUGAUGAUGAUAACACUGAUACAAAUUUAUUUUCUGAGCCACUUGACCAAACACAGAAAUUAGAUUCUGAAAGUAUUCAAGAGCAAUCAAAGAAAAAUGAUAUAUAUACAAGCAUUACCGAACCUGUGAAGACUUCACAUAUUACGGACAUUUUUGCUGAUCAGUCAAGUGGAGAAGACGAUAUUUUAACUAAAAUAUCAGUUUCGAAGAAAAUUGCUGGCACAUCAAAAUCUCUAUUUCUUUCUGAUGAUGAUGACGACGAUGAUAAUAUAUUCGGUAAAAAACUUACGGGCGAAUCGAUUAAAUCAGUGGAGAUCCGAUCAACUGUUAAAAAAACAAUAACAAGAGAUUUGAAAAAAACAGCUGAAAAAAUUAGAGAGGAUCCUUUGAGUGUUCUGUUAGAUGAUUAAACAUAUUUUAUUUUGAAAUAAUAUAUAUUAUUUAUAUUUGUUUAAUAUAUACAUUUUACAAAUUUAUUUGAAAUUAAAAUUUAAUUUAAUAUUAGAAUUGAAAUUAUAUAUU